AUGGCUUCGGUUGCAGCCAUGUCGCCCAUCCGGGCACGGUUAGCAUUCAAGAAGGCUUUCAAAGACGCCUUCGUCUGCAAGAGAUGUCUACAGCACCAGGCCAAGAAUCCCGCCGCAUACCAAUCGACACGUCAGUCACCUUUCCUCAAAGCAUUUCGCUCUCAUGGCCCGGCACAAGUCCGACAGCAGAGUUCAGCAAUUAACGCACAACCGCGUUCGUCACCUCUGGGAGCACUUGGUCGAAGCAUAGGUCAAUCGCCCAAGACGCAUUCUGCACCGGCCAAGGCCUCCUCAUGGCCCGAGACCAACUCCAAGUCUGUCGCAUACUGGUUACUCGGAUCGGCUGCAAGCGUGUUUGGUAUCGUCAUAUUCGGCGGCCUUACGCGGUUGACGGAAUCGGGCCUUAGCAUCACAGAAUGGCGACCAGUCACAGGCUCAACUCCACCUCGAAAUCAAGAAGACUGGGAGCAGGAAUUCGCACGGUACAAGCUCAGUCCAGAGUUUAAGAUGUUGAACAGUAGGAUGAAUCUUGAAGAGUUCAAGCAGAUCUAUUGGAUGGAAUGGAUACACAGACUAUGGGGCAGAGUGGUGGGCAUCACCUUCCUGGUACCAACCGCAUAUUUCAUCAUCAGGGGGCGAGUGACGCCGCGGAUGGCAGGCAGACUCGUCGGUAUAUGCAGUCUGAUAGGCUUCCAGGGAAUCAUCGGCUGGUGGAUGGUGAAGAGUGGACUGAAGGACGACCUUUUCGAGCAAGGCAAGCAUCCUCGCGUUAGUCAGUACCGGCUUGCAGCACAUUUGGGCACAGCUUUCGUUGCCUACUUAGCCAUGCUAUGGAAUGGGCUUCGAAUCAUACAGGAGCAUCGACUCUUGCGCGACCCUGCAGAAAGUGCUAAGCUGCUGGAGACCUUGAGUCGUGCAGAGUUGAAACCGUUCAGGCGAAUGGUUGGAGCCUUGUCGAUUCUAGUCUUCAUCACCGCCAUGUCUGGUGCUCUCGUCGCUGGUCUGGACGCGGGGUUGAUCUACAACGACUUCCCAUGGAUGGGACAAGGAAUUAUACCGCCGAAGCGUGAGAUGUUUGAUCCUUUUUACUCACACACAGAGGACCGGAGCGACCUAUACUGGCGCAACGCCCUGGAGAACCCCGUUCUUGUCCAGCUUGAUCAUCGAAUCCUCGCAACGACCACGUUCACGGCCAUCGUUGCGUUAUGGGCGUACAGUCGCUUCAGCCCUGCUGUGCGAUCUAGCCUUCCGAAGGCUGCCAAGGGUGGCAUGAUGGGAGUGGUGCAUAUGGUGAGCGUGCAGGUCGCGCUCGGUAUCUCGACGCUAUGGUACCUUGUGCCAACACCAUUGGCUUCGGCCCAUCAAGCUGGAGCUCUCGCACUGUUGACCACGGUAUUCGUGCUAGGCAGCAGAGUCUGGGUACCGAGACGAACCAUGAAGUUGGUGUUACAAGCUGCGAGGCAGACGAGAAACAAGACGACUCCUAGCCAGUUGGUUCAUGCAAGGGAACCUGAAACACUCGCCAGUGACGCAACCCUCCUCGAUUACGGAAAUCAUGCAAUGCAAAACCUCUGUAGAACAUUUACCCUGAAGCCUUUCAUACAACAUCGCUCCGCUUUCAACCAUGUCUGCAAGACUGCAACCGCUGUAGGCAAGCAACAACCCAAGGAUGUCAGCAAAGCUGACAACUCCGCCGUCAUCGAGGAUGAAGAGCAGAGCGCAAAGGCCAGCGCCAGUGCCGGCCUGAACCUGAAUGUCUUCGGAGCGCUAGCUGGAGCCUUCUCUGGCAAGAACAGCAAGAAGGCCGAGGAGGAUGGCAGCACUCUUGAGGAGCACGAGCAGGACGCCUCCGUCAGUGGUGCAGGUGCUGGAAACCUCAAUGCACGGGGUGCGGCCAAUGCUGAGCAGUCUGGCCGGCAGAUGAGGGCAGCUAUUCAAGAGAAGAGUGCUGCGCCAUGA